CGGGGGGGGGGUGGGGGGUUUAGAACCGAACCUGGUCUGACACCUGAACCACCGAACACCACCAGCAAAUAGGAGAAAAUAAAGAAAAGAAAUAAAAAUAGAAUAAAAAACUUUUAGGGAAGAAAAACUGGUCACGAGGAGGCCCCACCCAGAGUGACUGCGGUGCGUUCAAGGACUGUGGGGACUCCUGAUAAACCCUUAUAUCACUGAACUGUUGUCCUGAAACAUUAAACAUUAACUCGAUCACUUCUGAGUAAGAACCGUUGAAGCUAAACAGUAAAACUCAGUUUGUUUCUUUCGAUUUUGAUCAUAAUGUGGUCACACUUCUCUGUAAAAGAGCAGUUCCCAUAAAAACCAGUUCGCAGUAACAUGUGAUUGUGGUUUUCACUGUGAUAAUGACUGUAGACAUGAACGCUUCUGCAUCCCUGUACAUUUACUGCCCCCUGGAGACCCCCCAACGAAAGACAAACAUGGAAAAAGAACUGAGAGAAAAUCCUCAUGUGUCUGUUUUUGUCUGUAUUCAUCUCUCAGACCUCUGAAGUUCGACUCAAAAUUAGCAAAAGGUCAAUAAUUUUCUGAACUUAAACCCUGGAGGAUUACAGAUUCCCACACCCUGGAGCCAAUCACAGCAGGUUCAUUGUGUUGUCUGGAUGUGAUUGGAUCAUUUUCAUUAGAUUCAGACUCUUUCAGGAUCCAGAAUGAAGGUAAAGCAGAGGAUGAACCUGCUCCAGAGGUCAGAGGUCACACAGUUUAGUGGUGUUCAGGCCGUCACACCAGCGUUUAGUCUGAUCCACCUGUGGGUCUGACAGCAGGACUUGAGUCGAACACAGUGGGAGGUCCAACACCACUUGGAUGUUCAGGUCCACGCUCAUGUGGAUUUCCUCAGGGAUGUGAGUUCAGCUCAUCAGUGGUUUUCUGCGUCUUACAGUGACAUAUGUAGGUCCAAAAGGAUCCAAAAUGGAUUAGUUUAUGGAACAUAGACAUUUACCAUCAACUAAAACUGUCACUGACAAAAAGAAAAAAAACUCAUUUAAAGUCCAUGAAAUGAUUGAAUAAUGUCUGUAAUUAACAGGUUGAUUCGUUUAUUCAUAGAUGAAUCAAUAAUAAAUGGAUUGAUGAUUAAUUUGAAGCAGAAUCAGUGUUUUCUGCUGCACAUUUACACUGUGUCAAAGCAUCACCGUGACGACCAAACAAACGAGCCGAUCACCUUCCAGUAACAUGUCAUGUGACGGUUCAGAGCUCCUCCCACUGCAGGCGUUGACACCUGAUCUCUUUCCAGGUGAGACUCAGACUGAACCAGGAAACAGCUCAGCGGUGACGAACACAAAGCCUUUAGUGUUGGACGUCCACAGCAGAAUGGAUCAGAGUGAGGACAGACAGGAGGGAGCCCCUCCCUGGGAGACCACCCACAGACCCCCCACAGGACCUGGACCUGGACCCAGCUGUGUGUCCAUGAAGAGUGAUGACUCCAUGUAUCGAUGGAUAGACUUUCUAACAGGUCGUGUUCCUCAGACUCAACCUGGACCUGGACCUGGACCCAGCUGUGUGUCCAUGAAGAGUGAUGACUCCAUGGGUCGACCGAUAUACUUUAAAAGACGUCGUGUUCCACAGACUCAACCUGGACCUGGACCUGGACCCAGCUGUGUGUCCAUGAAGAGUGAUGACUCCAUGGGUCGACCGAUAUACUUUAAAAAAUGUCGUGUUCCACAGACUCAAGUGGAGCAGCAGAGCUCAGAGGUUCCCACUGGUCUACAGGAUCAGACUCAGCUGGACUCCAUAUUUCAGCUGCUGGAGGAGAACAUCUGCACGUUUGUCAAGAACCAACUGAAGAAGUUCCAGCAGGUUCUGAGUCCAGAUUACCCAGAAUGCUUAGAGAGUCUGAGUGAUGAGGAUGAAGAGCAGAGGAGGAGCUCCGAGGCUUUUCUGCAGAUCACACUGAACUUCCUGAGGAGGCUGAAGCAGGAGGAGCUGGCUGAGCGUCUGCACAGCAGAAGUCGGUCUGGAGUUCAGCAGCGGAAACUGAAACGUAACCUGCAGCAGAAGUUUGAGUGUGUGUUUGAGGGCAUCGCUAAAGCAGGAAACCCCAAAACCCUCCUGAACCAGAUCUACACAGAGCUCUACAUCACAGAGGGAGGGGCUACAGAGGUCAACCAGGAACAUGAGGUCAGACAGAUUGAAACAGCAUCCAGGAACCCACACAGACCACCAACAACCAUCACAUGUGAAGACAUCUUUAAAACACCACCUGACAGAGAUCAGCCAAUCAGAACGGUGCUGACAAAGGGCGUGGCCGGCGUCGGGAAAACAGUGUCCACACAGAAGUUCAGUCUGGACUGGGCUGAAGACAAAGCCAACCAGGACAUCCACUUCAUAUUUCCAUUCACCUUCAGAGAGCUGAAUGUGCUGAAACAGAAGAAGUUCAGUUUGGUGGAACUGGUUCAGCACUUCUUCACUGAAACCACAGAAGCAGGAAUCUGGAUCUUUGAAGACCUCCAGGUGGUGUUCAUCUUAGACGGUCUGGAUGAGUGUCGACCUCCUCUGGACUUCAACAACGCUCAGAUCCUGACUGAUGUGACAGAGUCCAGCUCAGUGGAUGUGCUGCUGAUGAACCUCAUCAGGGGGAACCUGCUUCCCUCUGCUCGCCUCUGGAUAACCACACGACCUGCAGCAGCCAAUCAGAUCCCUGCUCAGUGUGUGGACAUGGUGACAGAGGUCAGAGGGUUCACUGACCCACAGAAGGAGGAGUACUUCAGGAAGAGGUUCAGAGAUGAAGAACAGACCAACACAAUCAUCUCCCACAUCCAGAGGUCCCGAAGUGUCCACAUCAUGUGUCACAUCCCAGUCUUCUGCUGGAUCACUGCUACAGUUCUGGAGGACGUGUUGAAGAGCACAGACAGAAGACAACUGCCCAAGACUCUGACUGAGAUGUACAUCCACUUCCUGGUGGUUCAGGCCAAACUGAAGAACAUCAAGUAUGAUGGAAGAUCUGGGACAGAUCCACACUGGAGUCCAGAGACCAGGAAGAUGAUUGAGUCUCUGGGAAAACUGGCCUUUGAGCAGCUGAAGAAAGGAAACCUGAUCUUCUAUGAAUCCGACCUGACAGAGUGUGGCAUCGAUAUCAGCUCAGCCUCAGUGUACUCAGGAGUGUUCACAGAGGUCUUCAAAGAGGAGAGAGGACUGUACCAGGACAAGAGGUUCUGCUUCAUCCAUCUGAGUGUCCAGGAGUUUCUGGCUGCUCUUCAUGUCCAUCAGACCUUCACCAACACUGGAGUCAAUCUGCUGUCAGAAGAACAAACCACAUCCUGGUGGUUUGUAUCUCCACAGGCACAGUUCUACCAGACCGCUGUGGACCAGGCCUUACAGAGUCCAAAUGGACACCUGGACCUGUUCCUGCGCUUCCUCCUGGGUCUAUCACUGCUGACCAAUCACAGACUCCUACAAGGUCUGAUGAAACAGACAGGAAGUUGCCCACGCACCAAUCAGAAGACAGCUGAGUACAUCAAGAAGAAGAUCAGUGAGAAACUGUCUGUAGAGAAAAGCAUCAACCUGUUCCACUGUCUGAAUGAACUGGAGGAUCGAUCUCUGGUGGAUCAGAUCCAAAUGUACCUGAGAGAUAGACGUCUCUUCAGUUAUGAGCUGUCUCCUGCUGAGUGGUCAGCUCUGGUCUUCAUCUUACUGUCAUCAGAUAAAGAUCUGGAUGAGUUUGACCUGAACAAAUACUCUAAUACAGAGGAGGUUCUUCUGAAUUUGCUGCCAGUCGUCAAAGCCUCCAACAAAGCUGUACUGACUGUCUAUGACCUGUCAGAAAGAGGCUGUGAAGGUCUGUCCUCAGUUCUCAGAUCCCAGUCCUCUAGUCUCAGACAUCUGGAGCUCAGAACCAAUGACCCCAAGGAUUCAGGACUGAAGAUCCUGUCAGAUGGACUAAGGAGUCCAGACUGUAAACUGGAGACUCUCAGGUUGGAUAUCUGUAACCUGUCAGAGAGAAGCUGUGAAGGUCUGUCCUCAGUUCUCAGAUCCCAGUUGAGUAUGUGUAACCCGUCAGACAGAAGCUGUGAAGGUCUGUCCUCAGUUCUCAGAUCCCAGUUUUCUAGUCUGACUCUUCUGGACCUCGACAACAUGGACCUGAAGGAUUCAGGACUGAAGAUCCUGUCAGAUGGACUAAGGAGUCCAGACUGUAAACUGGAGACUCUCAGACUGUCAGGAUGUCUGAUCACAGAGGACGGAUGUUCUUCUCUGGUCUCAGCCCUACAGUCCAAUCCGUCCCAUCUCAGACUGUUGGACGAACUCACCCUGGAUCCAAACACAGCGAACAAACGACUCAAACUGUCUGAAAACAACAAGAAGGUGGAACGAGUGGAGGAGGUUCAGUCCUAUCCUGAUCAUCAGGACAGAUUUGACUACUAUCCUCAGCUGAUGUGUUCAACUGGUCUGACUGGUCGCUGUUACUGGGAGGUCCAGUGGAGUGGACAGGUUCAUAUAGCAGUGACUUACAGAGGAAUCAGAAGGAAAGGAGAGAGUGAAGACUGUGAGUUUGGAGAAAAUGAUCAGUCCUGGAGUCUGUACUGUAAUGAAGGUAGAUACACUGUCUGUCAUAAUAACAAAUACACACGCCUCCCUCAGUCCUCCUCCCCCUCCUCCCCCUGCCUCUGGUCUGGUACAGUCUCAGUGUAUGUGGACUGUCCUGCUGGAUCUGUGUCCUUCUGCAGAGUCUCCUCCAACAAACUGAUCCACAUCUACACCUUCAAAACCACAUUCACUGAACCACUGUUUGGAGGAUUUAGACUCAUGUACCCAGGAUCCACAGUGUGUCUGUAGACGCUUUUCCAUUGGACAUCUGCGCAAAACUUUACCGAUAGUUACAAAAUAUUGAAAACUGGGGAGUCACGUGACCGCCACGAGGGAUGCAGUAGUAUUUCACCACAGCUCCGUGGUCCCCCUCCUUAAAUUUCCAUAUCUUAUAUACACUUCUAUACUUUGGUCAAAGUUUUUUCUAAGUCUUAAAUGGACAAUAAUGGCGACAUCUUCAAAGAAGCAAUCUUCCAAACAGACACAAGAGCAAACAAAUAUUCGUUCUGUCGACGGUAAUGAGCUUGCUAAGCUUGUUAAGCUAGCAGUUGCAGAUGCCCUUAAGGAAACUAUACCAAAGCUGGUGGAUGAUGUGGUAGAUCAACUUUCAGCUAAAACAAAGGCCGUGGUUGCUGAACAACUUUCAGAAUUUCGCCGAGAGAUGUUAUCUAUUCGGACUGACAUCUCAAAAUGCGUGGAGUAUAUGGAUACUAGCAAAAGCCACUUGGCUGAAGUAGAUGGCCAUCUCUCCGCCUCAGUCAAUAAGCUGAUGGCACGGCGUUCCACUCUGGAGGAUAAGAUAGCUGAUCUGGAGGAUAGAUCACGCAGAGACAAUGUACAGAUACAUGGAAUUCCUGAAAACGCUGAAACGGCUAAUCCUCUUACCUAUUUGUCUGAUGCUGAUGAAGCCAAACAUGAGGGAUGGUUUACAAACUUUAUAAUUUUAUUUCUGAUCCAUGUGUUCAGCUGCCUGUUGAAAGUGUAUGGGAAAGGAAUGUUUCCUCUGCAGGAGAGGAAGACAUUCGCUGGGAAACAGUUUGGAAGAACUUGCACGACACAUCCAAAAACCCUGACCAUCAGUUCAGACAUUUCAAGUUUAUACACAGGAUGGAUUUAACUCCCAGGAAACGUCACGUUAUGAAAAUUAUUCCAUCUCCUAUGUGUUACUUCUGUACACUAGAUACU